GAAAGACGCAAUUUCAUUGGGGGAAAAAAAGCCGAAAGAAAACCGGCGGAAGUCCUUUGGGAGGGCAGUGAAAUAGAAGGGGGCGGAAUCAGGACUCCUGGGUCCCUUGGGAGAGGCGGGCUGUUUGGGUGCAAGGUUGCAUGAACUCAGUCUUGCACUGGGGCUGGUCAUAGAUUGCAAGAAAGUUCCGGUCUCCCGACAGCAACGGCAGGCAGCAAGAUGAAGCAAGAAAAUAUUUUCCUCUUUGUCCCGAACCUCAUUGGUUAUGCCCGCAUAAUCUUUGCUUUUAUCGCUUUCUAUUUUAUGCCAACUUCCCACCUGACAGCAUCAUUCUUCUACCUGCUGAGUGGUUUCCUUGAUGCCUUUGAUGGUUAUGCCGCCCGGGCCCUUAACCAAGGGACCCACUUUGGGGCCAUGCUGGACAUGCUGACUGACCGCUGCACCACCAUGUGCCUGCUGGUGAACCUGGCCAUGCUGUACCCCGAGUCCGCCCUCUGGUUCCAGCUCAGCAUGAGCCUCGAUGUCGCCUCCCACUGGCUCCAUCUGCACAGCACUGUGGUGAAAGGUGCUGAGAGCCACAAAAGCAUAGACCUGUCCGGAAACCGGAUCCUGCGGGUGUAUUACAGCUCCCGGCCCGUGCUCUUCGUCAUGUGUGCGGGUAACGAGCUCUUCUACUGCAUGCUGUAUUUGCUGUGCUUUGGCGAGGGACCGCCGAUCCCAUUCAAUAGCCCAUUCCUGCCAGGACAUACCGGCCUCUUCCGCUUCGCCCUCUGGGUCUGUGCCCCCUUCGCCGUCACCAAGAGCCUCAUCAGCCUGGUCCACUUGGUCUGCGCCUCGUGCAAUAUGGCUGCUCUCGAUGCUGCUGAGCGUGCGAAGAGGAAGUAGCAUUUCAAGGCGCGUCGCCUCCCCCUCCCCGGAGCGAGAUCGGCAGCCGACCCUCGCUCCGUGUUCGCUUCACGGGGCUUGGCCUCGGCUUAGCCACUCCAUGGUGCAGUCCCUGCUUGGUGUGAUGUCCCGGCCCCGCCCUGAUGCUUUGUGGUCUGUGUGGGAUGAUGGGAUAGGUCCUGCUCCUUGUGGCUUCCUCCUUCACUCCUAUAAUGUUUUGCAUUGCUUAGCAGCACAGUGACUGAUGGGCAGAAAUUUACUUCAACCAAGGCAGGAAUUUAGUUCACUGUUUUGAAGGCAGCUAAACAGACUUGCCCUUUGGGGACUGUCAAGGUCUCUGCCUCGUGCUGCUGGUGUGUUUUGCAGGGAACAAAAUUCAGUCAUGAGAAGAGUCCUGGACUAGCCUUUCCCUUUCCAAAACUACAGAGAGAUAUUACUCUGAAGGCGUGGGAGGGGUGGUAAAAGCCUCAUUCCCAGAAUUCUCCAAGUAUAUCUGGGCUAGGACCGGGGGGGUGGGAGCAGCCAGGUAGCAGUCACUGACUUCUUAUCACAUGAAUGUGUUUCAGAUGGAAUCUGAUGUAUCCUUAGGAAGUAGCUCCAUGGAGAGGCCAAGUAAGAAGGGACCAGAUGCCAAAUUGCUGUAUUUUCUCCUGGCUGUUCAGUGUAUCCAUUUUAGCCUAGGCUUUCUACCCCGUGUGUUUUAGUAGAAUUACAUGUCCAUAGGCAGUUAUCUGGAAGUACCUCUUGCUCCCAGACUGCCUUCUUCCCACAUUGCUUUGCUUUCACAGCUUCUCUUUUGUUUCACCUGCCACCAUCAACUGGUCUGAUGCACAGAUCCGUGGUGGGUUUGUAUUCCCUGGGGGAGUAAAAGGCGUACGGGUUCCCAUUUUUGCAGUCACAGCCUGGAGCUUUAUUUUAGUGGCUCUUCUGUUCACGCAACCCUUCCCAUAAUGUCUCCCACAGUGUCAGACUGAAAUCUAUUGUUCUCUUUUCUAUAAUCAUGCACGUUACACUUUUGAAGGAGUGCAGUGGAACCCUGAUGUGAGGCCAUCCACCAUGUCUACCCUUCAUUCUCUUGUUCUUGCUACCACUGAAGGUUGGCCUGCCCUGACGUUCUCUGGAAUACAGAGAAAUGCUUUCCUAUUUAUUUUCUAGAAAGGUCUGAGUUCCCCUAGAUAAUUAGGAGCCCAGUCUUGCCUUCUCCAUCAUCUGUUCAUUAGCACAAGUUGCCAUAUUGUUUCAUUGCCCUGCUUUCCUGCAUGAUCUUGGUCUGUGAGAACUAAGUUUACGAUGAUAUGGUGGCCAACUUGACUCUCCCGCUCUCACUUCCCCACAAAAGCCAGCUUUUCCUGUUGGGGCUGAUGAGGUAGGAGAGGCAGAGGAGGGAGCGGGGGGAAAGGGGAGAUGGCAUCCAUAUUGGAAGAGGAACCUUGUGGCACCAACAAUGGGGUGAAGGUAAAUCAGCCAUGGAUAACGGGAAAUUUCCCUCUCUGGCUAGUGUUUGCAUUGCAUCUGCCCACAUAAGGGACACAUGCCGUGGAAUGGCCCACACUGUCUCCUGUAGGACUGGGAUCAGUAUUACUCUAAAGAACCUGCCUUUGCAAUUUUCCUUCCACACCUCCCAACCCCCAGCUGUGCAUAAUUUGUAUGUUGGUUUUAGAAAAGUAAAUCUUGGUACAAUAAGAAGACUCCUCCAAUGGGAGUUGCUUAAUAAAGACCAUCUAUGUGAGCA